AUGCCCGUCCGGUAUCUCGACUCGGUCAUCUGCCCCCUCCUCUUUGGGCUCGGGCCCUUCCUCCUCCUGGGCCUCCUCACCGCAUACAUACCAAGGUUCAGCGCAUGGGUCGUCACCUGGCCUGGCGCACUGAUUACCGCCGGAGGAUGUCUCGUCAUAAUCGCACGGGGAUACUGGCUGCUGGGGGACGAUCCUGGCCCGAACGCUGCGGAGGAGGCACGGUGGGCCAGACGACUACCGUCUUUCAUCGUCCCCCUCCUGGUGUGCACUCAUACACGACACGCCGAGAUGCCGGAUUCUCUGUAUCGUCCAUAUCUUGCGCUAGAUAUCGAUGCGCUGGAGGCGGGGGAGCUGGACCUUCCUGAUCGACUCUUCAAGCACAGCGGCUGGCGGUUCACCACGGUCCUUUCGGUCGACCCUCGGGAAUGGUUGUUCCCUGACGUGAAAGGUCUACGGGGGAAGCUGGACGCGCUACUACUUGAGGAGGGUCUGGGGAAGCCAAAGGGGAAGGUGUGGCUCGUCACUAUGCCGCGUCUUCUAGGAGCUUCGGUCAAGGCACCGCUCAGUCUGUGGUUCGUGUACGGAACACAAGGGGAUCUGGAGGUAGUAAUUCUGGAGCGUCACUGGACAAUGGGCAACACGUGA